AUGGAGGAUACAGCUAAUACGCCAAGUAAAAUGACAGGUCGCCCUCGGGUAGACCUCGAGCCGUACAAGGCCGAAAUUAUCGGCUUGUUCGAAAAGAAAAUGAAGAGUGACGACAUUUGCAAGCACCUGAAGCGGCAACAUGAUAUUCAGAUCUCGUCGCGUACUCUGUCCAAGCGCCUACAGCUGUGGGGAGUUAAGAAAAAGAUGGAAAACAAUUCCUCCAAUGUAGAGCUGCACGCUCGCAUCAAAAACCUUUUCUUCGACGUAGGUCUAACCGACCAAGAGAUCGUCACCGUUCUACACGACGAGGGCUACGAUGUCUCUCACCGUACGCUCCGCAGACUCCGUCACCAGCUCGGCAUUCGCCUACGACUUGAUUCGCCUACACAGCAACAAGCACAGGUUCAGGAAAUCCUCGAUGCCCUGACCGAGGAGAUGGACAAGGGGACCAUUGAGGGAUAUGGAAAGGAACUAUUGCACAACCACUUCCGAAGCAAGGGGUACGUCUUUGCCCGAGACCGUCUCUACAGCGUUUACCGCAUGCUGCGCCCAGACACAGUAGAACGCCGCACGAGCGACGUACCCCGGCGUCCUCCCCCGCCAAAGAUUCUAGCCGGGCCUAAUCUGACCUGGCAUGUGAAUGGGUACUCAAAGCUAGCCAAUUUCGGGUUCCGCAUUCAUGCCGAGCUAGAUGCGUAUUCCCGAUAUGUCCUCUGGAUCCAUGUUGGCGUGGAUGCGCACGCGGCUGUAGGCGUUCUCAAAAACCAUCUUGAGACUGUUGCUUCUAAAAACCGGCAACCACGCACCCUUCGAUCUGACCUUGAGUCGGAAGUUCCUCUUCUAGCUGAUGCUCACUUUGCGCUCCGACGCGCGACUGAGCCGGAUGUCCAGCGUGAGCAGUGCUGUGCACCUGGACGAGCUGCAGACACCCACCGGAUUGAAUCCUGGUUCUCCUACAUCCAAUCAAAGAAUACUAACCUCGACCAGAACUAUUUCCGUGGACUUCACAACGAAGGCCUCUUCUCAUCAACAGUAAUCCCCGAACAAGUCGCCCUCCUCGCAAUCUACAUGCCCACUCUCCGCUCCCAUAUCAAAUCAUACGUCCAAACUUGGAACAUGCACAACAUUCGCAAACAAACAGACCACCCAGAGCGCACCCCUGGAAAACCCUAUAUGAACUACCACCAUCCACCCAAAGGCGUAGAGAACUUCGGCCUCGCAGCCGACGUCCCGACGCUGCAGCUCCUGCAACAAAAUCACGUCGACUACGACACAGAGCAAUAUCUACCACCAGACACCUUGCAAUGGUGUGAGGCGCAACUCCAGCAGCUGGGCUUCGACCCUCGUAAACCGCCUGCACGGAUGCCUGGUGACCUCCAGCCGUUCCGCUCGGUUUACUUGGCCUUGCGCGAGCGUGCGUGGCACCAUGAGCGCUCCGGAGCUGAACCAAAGUUAGCAAUUUGUGGAAUGGCUAGUCAGGGCUUACGGGGCUAUUUCCCCUCUGAGCCUGCCCGGUAG